AUGAAGCUCUACGACGCCCUCACCGACGAAUUGGCCAGCUGGAUCCGUCAGCAGCCCGUCUUCUUCACGGGCUCGGCUUCCACCCACGGUCCGCACGUCAACGUGUCGCCCAAGGGCCUCGCCGACUCGCACUUUGCCAUUCUCUCUCCCAACCGCUGCGCGUACAUUGACCGCAUGGGCUCUGGCUGCGAGACCAUCUCCCACAGCUACGAGAAUGGCCGCCUGUGCCUCAUGUUCAUGAGCUUCGGCCCCACCCCGCGCAUCCUCCGUCUCUUUUGCCGGUCCUCCAUCGUCGAGUGGGACAGUCCCCGAUUCGAGGAGCUGGUGCGCACCAUCGCGCAGGGGUCGCCGCGCACGGCGUUUGACGGGGCUCGCGCGGUCAUCGUCUGCGAUAUAUGGCAAGUCCAGACAAGCUGCGGCUUCGGCGUGCCCAGAGUCAAAAAGGGCAUAUACGCGGCGGACAACGAGGAUGAUGAUGGCGAAUUGGGUGGCAAGGCAGGUGACGCGCCAAAAAUCGGUGACACUGCAGUUGACAUGGAGAAGCUGCUCCGCGAGGGCCACGUCGAGGGCCAGAAGCUCACAGAGCUCUGCGUCUUCGAGGAGCGCCCCCAGCUCGACUACUGGGCGGGUAUCAUGGUCAGCAAGAACACUGCGCUGAAAUAUCAGGCCAAGCACAACGCACGCAGCAUGGACGGGCUUCCCGGCAUGAAGACGGCUCGUCGUGAUAACAACGAAGUGCUUUGGCUAGGCGAUGCAGCAGCAUAUCUGCGCCGGACCUCGGCGGAGAAAGUCUCUGUGGCCAUCGGCUUUCUGCUUGGGGCAUUAUUCUACUUUAUAGUCGGCGCGCUGAACCUGGUGCCACGUUGA